AUGAAGUCUCCAAGCAGCAACUGUCAUGACCCAAAAUUCAUUAAAGGUCGUGAGAGUGCCGGACACUGCUAUCAGCAGCUAGAGUGGUCUUCGUCGUCGGCGGAAGCAGCUCCUCAGUCGACUUCUCCGGCAUUUUUUUCGUCGAGAUGGAUGUAUAAUAGGAAUCAUCCUAAUCGUGCGGGGUUGAGGGGUGAAUUUAUUGAAGUGGUUGCUAAAUUUAUUGCUAAGGCUCAAUCACUUGAUAAUUUUCUUAUUGGAGGAAGGAUUAGGUGUCCUUGUGUGAAAUGUAAGUGUGUUAAGUCAUUGAAAUCAGAUGAAAUUAAAGUCCAUCUCUACAAGAAAGGCCCCAUUGCGGAGCAUAAUAUUGAAAAUUCUCGAUACAAUGAAAUGAUGAGGGAUGCUUUUGGGACGUUUCCUGGGGUUCAAUCCGAACCAAAUGAUGAGGCUAAGCGUUUCUAUGAACAAUUAGUGGAAGCUAGUCGUCCAUUGUAUGAAGGCUCGGUGCAUUCCAAGUUGUCUGUUGCGGUUAGAUUGCUAAGUAUUAAAUCAGAUAGUUCUAUUUCCCAAGCGGGCAUGAAUUCUAUUAUUGGACUUAUGAAUGAACUUAAUCCGAGUAACAUUGACUUACCAAAAGAUUUCUACACUGCUAAAAAAUUGGUUUCUAAGUUGGGUCUUUCAUCAGAGAGAAUUGAUUAUUGCGAGAAAGGUUGCAUGUUAUUCUAUAAGGAUGACACAUCUCUAGAGAACUGUAAAUUUUGUAAUCAGCCUCGUUUUAAGGAAAUCAGAAAUGCCAAUACAAAAAAGAAAGUUCCAGUUAAAGCGAUGCAUUACUUACCUCUUAUACCUAGGUUAAAGAGGUUGUAUGCAUCAAUGAGCUCUGCUCCUCACAUGAGAUGGCACUACGAACAUAGAAGGCCACCUGGUAUUCUCUGCCAUCCGUCAGAUGGAGAAGCGUGGAAGCAUUUUGAUAUGGUGUUCCCCGAGUUUGCUAGUGAACCAAGAAACAUUAGGUUGGGAUUAUGCACAGAUGGAUUUACUCCAUUGCUGUCUCUGUUGCACCAUAUUCAUGUUGGCCAGUGUCCACGCAAUACGAAAACUUUGAUUGAUGUAUACUUGCAGCCUUUGAUUGAUGAGUUACAAUUAUUAUGGCACCAAGGUAUAGAAACAUAUGAUAUAUCAACCAAACAAAACUUCAGAUUGCAUGCUGCUUUGAUGUGGACUAUAAAUAAUUUUCCUGCUUAUGGAAUGUUGUUCGGGUGGUCGACUGCUGGAAACUUAUCUUGCCCUUGUUGUAUGGAAGACACAAAAGCAUUUACUUUGAAACAUGGAGGUAAAAAUACAUGGUUCGACUGCCACAGUAGAUUCUUGCCAAUGAAUCAUGAAUUUAGGCGAAAUACAAGUGCAUUUAUGAAGAACCUAACUGAUUUUAAGGAGCCACUGGCCUGCUUGUGUUCAGAAGAAAUUUGGAACAGAGUAAGGGAUCUGCCUAAAGUAAUAGAGUCUCCACCAUCUAAGAUACCGGGUUAUGGUGUCGCACACAACUGGACUAAACGGAGCAUAUUUUGGGAAUUACCUUAUUGGAAGCACAAUCUUCUUCGGCAUAAUCUGGACACCAAAGAUAACUUGAAGGCCAUGAUGGACUUAAAGGAAUAUUGUAGGCGAAGUAAGUUGUAUCUGACAUACUUUAACAACAAGAUUCAGAAGCCCAAAGCCAGUUACACGUUCACCUUGGAUGAGAGAAGAGAGAUUUGUAGUUGGGUUAACAAUUUGAGGAUGCCUGAUGGGUACGCAUCAAAUUUAUCCAGCACAUUGAGGGUGGAGAACUUAAUUUAUAUGGAGAGUAACAUUAUCUUAACUUUAAACAAGCUGACAAAAAUUUUCCCUCUUGGUUUUUGUGAUGUAAUGGAACAUCUUCCAAUUCAUCUUGCACAAGAGGCACGACUUGGAGGGCCAGUUCAAUGUAGAUGGAUGUAUCCCUUCGAGAGGACUAUUGGCAAAUGUAAACGGACCAUAAAAAAUAGAUCAAGAAUUGAAGGUUCGAUAUGCGAGGCGUAUGUGGCUAAAGAAACAUCUUAUUUCUGUUCAUACUAUUUUGAACAUGAUGUGCCAUGUUUGAGAAAUAGACCGAAUCGGCACGACGAUGGAGGCAAAAUCGAUCAUUUGGCACCAGCCUUUUCCAUUUUUAAUCAACCAGGUAAAGGAGGUCCAAAAAAUAGUCCAAAGCGAAGGUUGUCUGAGAUGGAGCUAAAGUCAGCUACAACACAUGUAUUGUUAAAUUGCCCUGAGGUCCAACCUUAUUAUAGUUACUUUGUGGGUACAUAUGGGCAAGAUGUUGUUUAUCCCAAGUUUUCAGAGUGGUUUAAAGAAUUUAUAACUUGGGGACCUGACCCUAGAGUAAGAAUGAUGUCUAAAUACUUGGUCAAUGGGUACAAGUUUCAUACAGAAGAAUGGUCUAAUGGAAAGAAAACCAAAAAUAGUGGGGUGUGGGUGAAAGGUGAUAGAGAUGUUGAUUAUUAUGGUGUGCUUCAAGAGAUUUUGGAAUUGGAAUAUGCUCGGGUAGUUUUGAAAACAAAGCCCGUGGGUAGAGUGGUAGUCGAAGAUGCAUUAGAUGUGGCGUACCAGAAUGAAAUUUCAAAUGUUGAAUCAAUAGCGGAUGAUGAAUUAGCAGAUGAAUUGCAGCAUAAUGAAGGGAUAUAUGAAGAAUUUGAUUCUUCUGUCCUUGCUACAAAUGAGGACGAAGAUAGAGGUGUUGAACAUGAAACAAUUAAUGAAGAAGAAUUACUAGAUGAAAGUGAAACAGGCGAUGAUGAAGACUUAGAUGAUUACUAUGAAGAUAGCGAUGAGGAUUGA